AUGGCAUCUAGCCCCCCGAAUCUAACGGCCCCGGCCGUCAAGCUGAACAGUGGCUAUGCCAUGCCGCUUGUAGGGUUUGGACUAUGGAAAGUCAAUAAAGACACCUGCGCGGACCAAGUUUAUAACGCCAUUCGAACUGGAUAUCGUCUGUUCGAUGGCGCCUGUGAUUAUGGAAACGAAGUAGAAGCCGGCCAAGGUGUAGCACGCGCUAUUAAGGAAGGUAUCGUGAAGCGGGAGGAUCUCUUUAUCGUCUCCAAGCUCUGGGGAACCUUCCACGACCCCAACCAUGUCGAGCAAGCAUGUCGCCGUCAAUUGUCCGACUGGGGCAUCGACUACUUCGAUCUGUUCAUCGUCCAUUUCCCCAUUUCUCUGAAACAUGUCGACCCCGCCGUUCGAUAUCCCCCAGAGUGGUCUGCUCCCGGUGAAAAACCCGAAAGAGGCGAUGUACCUAUGCACAAGACCUGGGGAGCAAUGGAAGAGCUGGUGGAUAAGAAGCUUGCCCGCAGCAUCGGAAUAAGCAACUUUAGCCCUCAGCUGAUCAUGGACUUGCUGCGAUAUGCGAGAAUCCGACCUUCUACCUUGCAGAUAGAGCAUCACCCAUACCUCACUCAGGAGGGAUUGGUCAAGUAUGCUCAGGAGGAGGGAUUGACCGUGACGGCAUAUUCAUCCCUUGGUCCACAGAGCUUUAUCGAGCUGGAGAAUAAGGCGGCCACUGGAACGACGCUGCUCCUCGAACACCCGACUAUCAAAUCCUCCGCAGAGAAGCAUGGUAAAACUCCUGCACAGGUAUUGCUUCGAUGGGCCACGCAGAGAGGUGUUGCUGUUAUCCCAAAGAGCAAUAAUCCAGACAGACUUGCGCAGAACCUGGAUGCCACAAGCUUCAACCUUACAGCGAAUGAAGUCAGUGCUAUUAGCGCUCUUAACCAGGGGCUACGAUUCAAUAAUCCUCCAAGUUACGACGUUAACUUUCCAAUCUUUGGAUAA